AUGGUUCAACAACCAACGGCUGGCGAAUCCGCUGGCCCUGUGGUCAAAGGCGUCAUUCCUACAGCCAAGCAGGCCUUUGCUGAUCUCUUCAUCUGGAAGCAGCGUGUCGUCAUCACAAACGAACAUGGCGAAGAGACAACCGAAUGGAGGGACCCAGAUCCUAUCAAGAACCCCAUAAGUCUUAUGGCUCAACUGUCAGGCAAAGAUUGGGUCUUCUUCCUUGUAGGCUUCUGCGCCUGGACAGCUGAUGCCUUUGACUUUCACGCCUUGUCAAUCCAGACCAAGAAGCUGUCUCUCUACUAUGACACCAGCAAAACCGCAAUCACAACCGCCAUCACCCUGACCCUUCUCCUCCGCUCUGUCGGUGCCGCUAUGUUCGGUCUCGCUGGUGACAAGUGGGGACGCAAGUGGCCCAUGGUCUUCAACAUGAUCAUCCUCGGUGUUUUGCAAAUCGCCACCAUCUAUAGUACCACCUUCAACCAGUUCCUUGCUGUGCGAAGUCUUUUCGGUCUGUUCAUGGGUGGUGUUUAUGGUAAUGCUAUUGCCAUGGCUCUCGAGUCGUGUCCCUCCAACGCCCGAGGCUUGAUGUCCGGCAUUCUUCAGCAGGGAUACUCAUUCGGCUACGUCUUGGCUGCAUGCGCCAACCUUGGCGUUGGAGGUAGUACCGAGAGCUGGAAGACUGUGUUUUGGAUCGCUGCUGGAAUUUCCAUUGCCGUCGGUAUUGUUCGUAUCUUCUUCCCUGAGUCCCAACAGUUCCUCGAAGCCCGUGCCAAAGGAAAGCAGUCCGCCUCGCCUGGUGCUUUCUGGCAAGAUUGCAAAAAGAUGCUUCUCGCUGAAUGGAAGAUGUGUGUUUACUGCUGCUUCCUCAUGACCUGGUUCAACUACUACUCCCAUACUUCCCAAGACUCUUACACCACCUUCAUGCUUGAACAGAAGGAAUUCGACAAUAAGGCUGCUUCUCGCGCUUCUAUUCUCAUGAAGACUGGUGCUUGCGUUGGUGGUACAAUCAUUGGUUACCUGAGUCAAUUUGUGGGCCGUCGACGUGCUAUCUGUUGCUCAGCCUUCAUGUCUGCUCUUCUUAUCCCGGCCUGGAUCCUGCCCACCACUGAAGGCGGUCUAAGUGCGAGCGGUUUCAUGAUUCAGUUCUUCAUCCAAGGCGCGUGGGGUGUGAUCCCUAUUCAUCUCAACGAACUAUCCCCCCCUGCCUUCAGAUCCUCGUUUCCAGGAGUCACCUACCAAAUUGGCAAUAUGAUUAGCAGCCCGAAAAUUGUCAACGCUGUGGCAGAAAAGACAUUCGUUACUCUCAAGAAUGGCGACAAGGUCGAGGCAUAUGGACCUGUAAUGGGUGUUGCUACAGCUAUCAUCGCUCUUGGUAUCAUCUUCACCACUAUGUUUGGUCCGGAGAAGCGUGGACGAGCUUUUGAGCAUGCGGUAGCUGGUGUCCACAAUGACGAGCUUCCUCAACAUCAAAAGAAGGAUAUUGAGACUGCAAGUGUUGAACAGGUUGAGUUGGAAGACAAGAAGAAAGACAAGGAAGAGGUUUGA